UAUUGUGUCUGCUGCUGUAUGUUGUUGUUGUUUGGAUCUAGAGCCCACAGCUGAUGGAUAUUGAGUAAAUGAGUUUGAAUACUCCAAGUCAGGAGGGAUUCACAGCAUUGGAUUCAUUUCUUGCCUUAGUAAAGCUCUUCAGCACCUGUGAAAAGAACGAGGCACCAAAAUAACCUGACCAGAAAAGACCCAGAGAGAGGGUCAGGAAGUGAGUUCAGAGCUUAUCAAGAGUCUGUUAGCUGCUGCCGUCUCAAACCAUCUCUCAACAAGACCUUCACAUAAGACUACUCCAACACAAUGGAAGGCACCAAUACCUCUCUCUGGCUGUUUCUACUGCUCAGCCAGCUGCUGCUCUGCCCUACCAAUGCAAACCAAGACCUUUCAACCACGCAGCCAAAUUUGCACGCAACAGAAAGUCAAGAAAGCAGCUUGACCACUGCUGUGGAGCCCAGCCUUGCUACCAAUGGCCACACAAACCCACCUGAAAUCGACAUGAAUGGCACCCGUGCCGACUGCCUGAUCGACACAGAGAUGGGUCUGAUUGCUAUAGGUUCAGCAGGGGGGCUGAUUGUCUGCCUGCUAGUGGCUGUUGUGGUACUGGCAUGCCAGGUCUACAUCCUUCAGCGCCGACAUUAUGCCCCAAGACACUCCAGUGGUGCGGGCUACUGGGAUGUUGUCCAGUCGGAGGACAGAGGACUUGUUGGGCCUUGUGAUUCCAGUGUCAUGCUCGAGGAGAUAAAAGAAGAGGGCAAGAUGGAGGAAGACAGGCAGGCAAGCGAAGAGGCUGGGGCAGAACAAGUGGCUUUACUUCCUCAAGAGAAUACCAGUCAGAUGCAGAGCACCAACUCCAGGUACUCCAGUCUGGAGGUUCCAAGGGAUUUAGAGGACAUGCCCCUUGUUGUGUGAGGAGGUAACCCCACGUUGUUAAUCCCCAGGCCCACACUUCAUUUAGACAAACAGCAACCAGUCAGUUCAGCUCAGUUUAUUCCUCCAGUUUAUUUCCCUCACAUAACUUUACUUAAACCUCAGUAAAAUGCUUAUAGAAUACCAGGUUUAUAGUACCCUUACUGGAAACGUUUUACUUUUAAAUUACCAUCAGGAAGAUUACAAUUCUGACAAUACAUUCAAUAUCAGUGUUGGGUAAUUAGAAGUUUUACUCUACAUUUUUAAAGACAUUUGGUCAGUACGAAGUGAUAGUAAUGUGUAUACAUUUUGAUGUAUGAAGCUUCCAUGGGAAUCUUUUCAAAAUGUCUAUACCAUUUUUAAAAUGGUAUAUAAAAAGACUUUACAAGUCAAGCCAAUUACAUUUUAAGUAUCUAGACCAAUAUGAUUAAAUUGCUUUAAGGGGUUUUACAAUUCUGUAUACAAAGAAGUCAUCUCGUUUAGAUAAGUGUCGGACACAAGAAAUGUUUUUUUUUUUUUUUUUAAAGAGUAAGGUGUAUAUUAUUAAGGAUUAUGAGUUUUGUAUAACUUUUUAACAUUUAACUUGAUAUGCUUCUUAUUUUCUACGCUUAGUAACUUCAACAUUUACUGUAUAACAGUUUGAUUUGUCUCUGUUUUGGAUUUAUGACAUAAAUGAGUGGACACAAUACAUUUAUGAAACAGACAUGAAGGUAAACCAACAACAAAUAGAUCAACCCAAUUUAAAAGUAUCAAAGAGAUCCUAUUCCUAGAUUUGACGAGAUCAAAUGAUGAUCAGAAAGUUGGGAACAAUAUAUGAUAAAAGUCCUGGUUGUUUUCACAAAUCUUUGUUGAACAUUCCUCUGUGUUUUAAGCUGUUCAUGCUCUUGUACCUGUACUGCAGACUUUCUAAUACUAGUGUUCUUAUGUAACAUUUGUGCAUAAGAAACAGAGCUUGUUCUAUUUCAGGUUUUCAAUAAAUUGGUUUUUGCACACCA